AUGUCUGAUUCAGACCCUAACACACUUUCGACAUCUCAGGAAGGCGGUGAAGAAAAUGCGACAUUUCCAGUUUCCGACUUGCCAUACGUUGGUGACAAAGAAAAGCCAGGGGAGGCUAUCAAUGCUACAGGAUCCGAAUUUGAAUCUCUCGGUAGCCCAAAUGAAUCGUUAUCUUUAAACAGUGGUGCAAUAUCACGUGCUGCACGUCACACUGGCGAAUCACAACUAGAUGAAGAAUCAGAACAAGAAGUACCAGAUCAAAAAUCGAGUGAUGUCGAUGUUGGACAAACAGCACACGAUAUUUCGGUCACAGAAGGCGCUGAUGAAAUUGUUAAAAAGCAUCGAAAAGAAGAAAAAUCAUCACGCUUACCAGAUGAUUAUUAUUAUGAUAUAGAAAAAUUACAAGCAAAACCGAUCACAACAAAUGAAGAAAAAUUUCCUCUUAAUACAUUGUGCAUUCGAUCAUUUGGAUAUGAUUGUAAUAAACGUGGAAAUUUACAUUUGCUUGAUAAUAAAACAAUUAUGUUUACAGCUGGAUGUUAUGUAGAACUUAUUGACUUACCAAGUGGAAAACAUAAAUAUAUUCGAACAUCAGGUGGUUACAGUGUUGGAGCAUUAGCAGUCCAUCCAAGUAAACAAUAUUUUGCUGUUGGGGAAAAAGGAGAUAUGCCAAGUAUAGUGAUUUAUGAAUAUCCAUCAUUAAAACCGUAUAGAAUGUUGAAAGGCGGAACGCAACGAGCAUUUGCUUAUCUCGAUUUUAGUUCCGAAGGUGAUUUAUUAGCAUCAUUAGGUUCAAAUCCCGAUUUUAUGUUAACAAUAUGGGAUUGGAAGGAUGAAAAAAUUUUAUUGAGAAGUAAAGCAUCAUCACAAGAAGUAUUCAAAGUAUCAUUUUCAAAAGAUCUAAAAGGACAACUGACAACAGCCGGUAUUGGACACAUUAAAUUUUGGAAAAUGGCUCGAACAUUUACUGGAUUAAAACUUCAAGGAGAAUUAGGACGUUUUGGUCGAACAGAAAUAUCGGAUAUUGAAGGAUAUAGAGAAUUACCAGAUGGAAAAGUAAGACUUUUUCGAAUACAUUAUUUCAAUAUUAUCACUUAG